AUGCAGUUCACCAAGGCCACCAUCCUCGCCGUUGCGGCUCUCCUCUCCUCCGGUUACGCCUUCCCUAGCGGUGGCAACUUCCGCAGUGGCGACGCCUGCCAGACUCAGCAGUGCUGCGACACCGCCGACUCCCAGUGCCGCGUCGGUCCUGGUGCCAACAUGGCCACUUGCUCCGCUGAGAAGGCUCAGUGCUACACCAACAUUGGCCUGCCCAACCCUUACGGCAAGCGCGACGACAUGUUCCCCGACAUUGCCUCCUGCAAGGACAAGGCUUGCUGCGACGACGUCGACAACAAGUGCCGCGUCGGCGAGGGCGCCAACAUGUCCUUCUGCAGCGCUCAGAAGGAUGCUUGCUACACCAACAACGGCCUGCCCAGCCCCUACGGCAAGCGCGACACCCCCACCAAGCAAUCCUGCGACGAGGCGGACAACAAGUGCCGCGUCGGCCCUGGUGCCAACAUGGCUACUUGCUCCGCUGAGAAGGCUCAGUGCUACAGCGACGCCGGUCUCCCCAGCCCCUACGGCAAGCGUGAUGCCACCAAGGAGUCCUGCGACGAGGCAGACAACAAGUGCCGUACCGGCCCUGGUGCCAACAUGGCUACUUGCUCUGCUCAGAAGGCGCAGUGCUACAGCGAUGCCGGUCUCCCCAACCCCUACUCCAAGCGCCGCUCCGGUGAUGCUUGCCAGACCAAGGAGUGCUGCGAUAAGGCGGACAACUCUUGCCGUACCGGCCCUGGCGCCAACAUGGCUCAGUGCAGCUCUGAGAAGGCCUCUUGCUACACUAACAUUGGCCUUCCUAACCCCUACACCAACUAA